AUGGGUGGUUCCACAAGCAAGCAAGACAAACCUAAUAUGAGAAGUGUCAAGAAGGAGACCUCAACUGAAAGGAGCAGAGGAAGAAGACACAUGAGAAGAGAGACAGAUGUGAGAGAGAAAGAGAUGUUUGAUAAACUUAGAGAGGCCGAGAGUGAGUGGGUGAAAGAGACGAAGAAGCUUAGAGAGAAAGUGAAGCGGCUAAGGAAGAAAGUGGAGGAGAAAGAGGAAGCAAAGACAACAACAACAGAGGAGAGAGAGUACUGGAAAUGGGUUGUUAAGGAGAUGUGUGUGGAGAAAGCAGUGAGAGAUGAAGCCAUUGAGAAAUGGAAUCAACUCUAUUUAGCUAUCAAGAAUGAGCUUGAUCAUCUCAUCAUCCACACAACUUCUUUCUUUUCUGGAAAGGCAAUGAUGCAAAGGCAACUUGAAGGCAAAGAUGAAACAGAAAAAGUUAAGACAGUGGAGAAACUGAGAAAUGAAGUUAGAGUUAAGGAAGAUACAAUUGAGACAUUAAAAGAGAAAAUAGCUUUGAUGGAUAGAUAA